CUUCCCACAAAAAAUUGUCCCCAAUCAGUGCACACUGACACUGCUCACUUGCUCUCUCGUCAGCGUGAGAUCCAGCAGAGGCCUCCACCCCUUGGCCGCGACACCGUCCGCUUCCUUCUCCUUGCCCUUCGCUCUCCAACCCCCUCUCCUCAGCGUGAGAUCCAGCGGAGGUCACCGGCGCCGGUCAGGGCACAAGGUGGCAAGAGCUCGGUCUAAUUUUUGUUUACCAAGGUGGCCGUCCUUGUGAGUACUCAGCGUAUCUGGAUUCUGGAAGAACUCGCACGCAAGAGGCCUUCUCUAGGUUGUGUUGUACAAGACGAAGCUUGGUCAGACACCACCCCCAGCUGAGAGGCUGAGCUACUGUGCGCGUCCGAGCAUGGCGGAGGUCGUAACCGGAGCGAUGGGUACCCUCCUGCCCAAGCUCGCCGACCUGAUCACAGAGGAAUACAACCUUCAGAGGGGUGUCAGGGGCGAGAUCAUGUUUCUCAAAGCCGAGAUGGAGAGCAUGCAGGCAGUUCUCAUCAAGGUUUCUGAGGCACCAAUUGACCAGCCACCGGACAUCCAAGUCAAGCUUUGGGCCAAGGCUGUGAGAGACCUGUCAUACGACCUUGAAGAUAGCAUCGACAAAUUCAUGGUUCAUAUCGAAACCCAUGGACAAGAGAAGUCCCAUAGCUUCAGGAACUUCAUUGACAAGAGCAUCAGCCUGCUUACCAAGGGCAAGAUUCGCCACAAUAUCGGCAUCGAUAUCAAAGACAUCAAGAGCCGCAUCAAGGAAGUCAGCGAGCGGCGUGAUAGGUACAAGGUUGACAGUGUGGCCGCUGCCAAGCCAACUGGUCCAACUAUUGAUGCCCUUCGCCUAUCAACCUUGUAUAGGAAGGCCACAGAGCUUGUUGGCACUGAUGAGAAGAGCCUUGAGGUACUCAAGAUGCUAAAGGAGGGAGAUGAGGUUUCCAAGAAACAGCUGAAGGUGGUCUCUAUUGUUGGAUUUGGUGGACUAGGCAAGACAACCCUUGCCAAUGCAGUGUAUCAGAAGCUGAAAGGGCAAGUCGAUCCACAAAAACAAACACCGCAAUUUGAUUGUGCAGCUUUUAUUUCGGUGUCUCUUAAUCCUAACAUAAAGAAGAUUUUCAAGAGCUUGCUCCAUCAACUUGACAAGCAGACGUACCAGAGCAUUAAUGAGUCAUCAUGGGGCGAAGAACAGCUCAUCAGUGAGAUAAGAACAUUCCUUAGAAACAAGAGGUACUUGAUUGUUAUUGACGACAUAUGGGAUAAAUCCGUCUGGGAAAAUAUCAAGUAUGCCUUGACUGAGAAUGAAUAUGAAAGUAGAGUAAUCACAACAACUCGGAUUCUUGAUGUUGCGCAGCAAGCUGGUGGUGUAUAUCGGCUGAGACCUCUUUCUGUUGUUGACUCAAGAAAGUUGUUCCACCAAAGAAUAUAUGAGACCGAGAACAAAUCACCACCUAAUCAAUUGUUUGAAAUAUCUGAGAAAAUUUUACAAAGAUGUGGUGGAGUGCCGUUGGCUAUCAUUACAAUAGGUAGCUUGCUGUCCAGUAAAACAGAAAGAUCACAUACACAUGAGUAUUGGUCCAAGGUGUACAAAUCUAUGGGUUCAGGGCUAGACAAUGGUCAUGAUGAUCUGAAGAACAUGAGAAGGAUAUUAUCCGUCAGUUACUCUGAUCUACCUCCACACCUCAAGACUUGUAUACUACAUCUUAGUCUGUAUCCAGAGGAUUAUGAGAUUCAAACUGAACAGUUAAUAUGGAAAUGGGUGGGGGAAGGUUUUGUGAAGAAAGAACAUGGAAGAAGCUUAUAUGAAGUAGGAGAGGAUUACUUCAACCAGCUCAUUAAUAAAAGUUUGGUCCAACCUGUAAAAAUCGACAAUGGGAAUAAAGUGCACUCUUGUCGCAUACAUGAUAUGGUGCGUGACCUCAUCACUUCCUUGUCGAACGAGGAGAAUUUCCUAACAACAGUCGGUGUUCCGCAGCGAGUGGAUCUACCAAGUAAGAUCCGCCGACUGUCUGUCCAGACCAACAUUGAAGAAGUUGCUAAUCAGUUGCCCACCAUGACCUUGUCCCAUGUGAGGUCACUUACUGUUUGUAGUCCAGCCUUCAAUUUCUUGCCAGCACUUUCUGGUUUUCCAGUUUUGCGUGUGUUGGAUUUAACUGACUGCAAGCAAGUGGAUAACAAUCAUUGGAAGGAUAUAUGCAGUUUGUUUCACUUGAGAUAUCUGAGUUUAAAGGGUACAUCCAUCACGAAGAUCCCGAAAGGGGUUAACAAUCUGCAAUUUCUGCAUGUGCUGGACAUCAGGUCCACUGGAAUAGCAGAAGAGCUGCCGUCAACCUUUAUUCAACUAACACAACUAUUGUUAUUCCACAUGCUUGAUAGUGUUGUUUGUGCAGUGCCAAGGUGGAUGUGCUCCAUGAGUUCCCUCUUGUCCCUAAGUAUCACACUUGAAACACUGGGAGAGGAAGACCUUCAAGUUCUCGGGAGCAUACCGUCUCUCAGUGAACUGCACAUACAAGUGAAGAAACCUACACAAUCCAGAAACAAACGGCUGGUUAUUGACAGUGGCUAUCCAUUUCGGUGUCUAACAAGGUUUAGUGUCAAGAGUGACACCAUGGAGUUGGAGUUUGCACGAGGAGCCAUGCAAAGUCUACAUAGCAUGUGGUUAGUUUUCCAAGAUGUGAAGGGCACAUUGCUUCAGUUUGGUGAUUUUGUAUUUGGUUUAGAGAAUCUCUCUUUGCUUGAGUAUAUUUAUGUUCAGUUCCACGAAGGCAAAAACACCGAUGAGGAGAUGCGAAAUGUGAGAAAUGUAGUUGAUAAAGAGAUCCAUAUGAAUCUAAACAAGCCCAUACUAGAAUUCCCCAAAACAACUGAGGAACAAGCUGAUGAUUUCAUCGUGAAAUUCAGAUUAGAGCUGAAGAAGCAGAGGGUAGAAUUAUUCAGCCGGUCUGUCCUUGAUCAGAGCUAAGUGGUAGCUGUGGAAGCUUACAUAAACCUGUCUUUGCUCCUGGAAAUGAAGCCACUGACAUCAAGGAGAUAAACUGCAGGGCUCAGCUGAAGCGGUCUACGUGUUCCUGUUCCAAAAUACAGACUGCACAACUGUUAUUUUCCAUCAUAUUGAUUUUUUGUCUGGAUUUUGAUGCUGAAAAUACACCAUAGAUUAUUAUAAUUUUUUAUGUUAGCGAAUUGUUGGAUAAUAUGUCGUUUUAUUACUUGAAUAUUUUUUGUCAACAUUUAUUAACAAGCAUAUGACUUGUAAGCCCUA